AUGAAGAGCACGUACGCUAUUGCUCUCACGGCCACUGCGUCCCUGGCAUCAGCUAUCCCUCUAACUUCCAACACGAAGGCAUCCCUGAACACUCGCCAGUCAUGCGAGAAUACAGCGACUUCGAGAUCGUGUUGGGGAGACUACUCAAUCGAUACCGAUUGGUACGAAGUGACACCUCAGACUGGCGUAACUCGAGAGUACUGGCUUGAAGUAGUCAAUACGACACUGGCUGCUGAUGGGUAUACUCGCCAGGUCCUGUCUUUCAACGGCACUGUCCCAGGCCCAACCAUCAUUGCUGAUUGGGGAGACAACUUGGUCAUCCAUGUUACCAACAAAAUGCAGCACAACGGUACUGCCAUCCAUUGGCAUGGGCUCAGACAGCUGGGAAGUCUCGAAUAUGACGGUGUCCCGGGUGUCACUCAAUGUCCAAUCGCACCUGGAGACACCUUGACCUACAAAUUCCAAGCUACUCAAUACGGCUCGACCUGGUAUCAUUCCCAUUUUAUCACUCAAUAUGCAGACGGACUUCUCGGGCCAAUGAUCAUCAACGGUCCGGCUACAGCAGACUACGACGAGGAUCUCGGAUUGCUCUUUCUGUCUGACUGGUCGCAUAUUCCAACAUAUCAACUUUGGGAUCAGGCCAGAUUUGGUGCACCGCCAAUUCUCGAGACUGGAUUGCUUAAUGGAACAAACACCUGGGACUGCUCUAAAUCGUCUGACCCCAAUUGCGUCGGUGGCGGCAAGAAGUUCGAGGCAACAUUUGAAGCAGGAAAGAAAUACAGAAUCAGGCUCAUUAACUCUGCUAUCGAUGGGCACUUCCAGUUCUCGAUCGACGGGCAUUCCAUGACUGUCAUUGCCAUGGACCUGGUCCCAUUGGUACCAUACUCCGCAGACUCGGUGAUCAUUGAUAUGGGUCAGCGUUACGAUGUUAUCGUUGAAGCUAGCGCUGCUCCAGGGAACUACUGGAUGCGAGCUGGGUGGAUUUCGGCUUGUUCUACCAACGCAAACCCCGAUGGAAUGACCGGCAUCGUUCGUUACAACUCGACCAGCACUGCUGAUCCAACCACCACUUCCACUGUCGAGGUGAGCUCCAACUGCGGAGAUGAGCCCAUGGCUAGCUUGGUUCCACACCUGGCGAUGAAUGUGGAUACCCUCCCCCAUUCUGCUUUUGUCACCGAGGAACUCGGAUUCCUAAUCGGUAGCCACUUUACCUGGACCAUCAACUCAACUUCUCUUGUGAUUGACUGGGGAAACCCAACCACGCUUCGAAUCUUCGACGGCGAGUCAAUUUUCCCUACCGACUACAACGUCGAACCCAUUGAGAUCACUACUGCAGACCCCGUCUGGGCUGUCUAUGUCAUCCAGGAUCUCACUGGAAUCGGAAUAAGUCAUCCUAUCCAUUUACACGGCCACGACUUUUGGGUUAUUGCCCAAGGCACUGGCGUCUUUGAUGCGGCCACCACACCCGUGAAUCUCAUCAACCCCCCUCGCCGAGAUGUUGCUUCGCUCCCUGGCAACGGAUACUUGGCUAUUGCUUUUAAGAAGGACAACCCAGGAUCAUGGUUGCUUCACUGUCAUAUCGCUUGGCACGCUUCCCAGGGUCUCGCGAUGCAAUUCGUCGAGUCUCAGAGCCAGAUUUCCGUCGCUAUGAGCGAUACUGCGGUCUUCCAUGACACCUGCUCGGCCUGGACUGCCUACGCUGACGAGGCACUCUACCACCAAGACGAUUCUGGAAUCUGA